CUUUAUCCGUUCGGUCGCGAAGCCGGUCUCCGCAGAAAUACAUUCAUAUUAUUUUGUUCUUGUCAUCAUCUUGUAAAUGAUUCAAACAGGGGGGACAAAAAAGUUGCAACAAAUUUAGUGCGCCUUCUAUUAUUCGAAAGAAAACCUGAAACACAACCACAGGAUGGUAGAUUGUUCGUGCUAGCCGUGGCAGAGCAAAAAAAAAAUCAACAUUUCAAUGUCCCUAAACCAAAACAAAACAAACAACUAAAAAUGAUCUAAGAAUCACCAACAAAAUGUGAAGGAGGACGCACACACGCAUUCAAAAUUUGUUAUACAUUCAGUUUUCUACUAUUCGUUUUUGCUCGGCGCGGCAACCAUUUUUUGGGUCAACGGAACAUUGCAUCGCGUUUUUCCGUUUUUUUGUCCUGUUUUCGGAGAUUUCCAGUCCCACAUUUUUUCUUUUGUGCCUCCUUAAAUUUGUCUCCGUUUUCGGUCGGAAAAGUUUCUGCGGAUUCGAAAUUGAAAACUUUGGUACGAACGUAAAGAAAAUUGUUAAAAAAAAGUGUGCGUUUAGUUUUCUGUUUAAGUUUCGUCUUCGCCCCAACUGUAAAUAGUUCUCGGUGUCUAAAUAAGAAAAAAUAUAUCAAUAUCGUAUUUGUGCAUAAAAUACGAUCAUUAAAUUGUAUCGUCGAACGUGCAAAAAAAAAAUUGGUUCAAAAUUGAGCAAAACCUACAUAGCAAGUGGCGAUUUUUAGACUUUGUAUUUCGUGUAAUGUAACUAUUCAAAAUCUGACUACAAAUUAUCGCUCUGGAAGACAAGUGGAAGAUAAUUGCAACACUUUAUAAAGUUUUUGUCCUCUGGUAACGUCUAAAAGAUUACAUAAAGCAACAAUGAAUCGCAAAAUGCACCGUUGAACGGACCGGCACGUAGCUUGCUUCCCCGGUGUGCCCAUGAAUGUUUUCUCAAGAAAAACUUCGAGUUUCGUUGGUGAAAAGCAUCACACCAAAUUCUCAACACUUCGUGAAUAGCCUAGAUCGAGAUGGCCAUCAACUUUUCAGCAUCGUUCGCCGCAUGUCUGGCUGCGGGUCUCAAAGUGCCGCGCCAGAUCAUGUACUGCAUUUCUCAAGACACUCCCUACGUUCUAUACAAAGACUCCCAAGAGGCUGCCGAGCGCAGUGCUGCCCUUGGUGGUCAGUGGGGUGGUGAAGUGUAUCCGCCGUUGCAGCAGAAUGGGCAAACCCAUAUGCCAACCCAUCCAAACGGGGCCCAUCAACUGAUAGCUGCAGCGCAGGCACAAGCCCAGCAACACCAUCAACAACAGCAGCAGCAACAACACCAACAGCCACAGCAGCCCAACCCCACUAGUCCGCUGAAUCAUCCUGAAAACAGACCUCAACAACCGGGAGAACAAGCAAACGGCCAACUACACAGCCCCGCUACAAGCCCAUACCCAAACAAUACCAAUAACAACAAUAAUAAUAACAACAACAAUAAUAGCAACAACAACAACAACAACAACGGAGAAAUGGAUGAACGUAUGCUCAAGAAUCAGAAUAUUCCAUCAAACGUUCACUCUCAACAAAACGGACAAAUGACUGCACCACAAUCGAACGGCCAGACAACGUCGCCAACCCAGAGCAUUCAACACCCGAACCAGAACCAGCAAACACAAAACCAUGCUUCCCAACCAUCGCAGUCAACCAACAACAACGGACAACCGGGAGCUCCUGGUCAGCAGCAAUGCUUCCCGGAACCGGUUCAACCGGAUCUGAGCUACUAUGCUCAGCGCCAUCAUGGGCCGCAAGGUGCCAUGUUGCCACCGCCAGGAUUUACUCCACUGCAUCAUUAUCUCAACAAAUCGGGGGUGCUAUCGGGUAUGCCAGCCGGAAUCGAUCAACCCAAUCCCUUGGAGCAAUACGCAAUGCCGGAUCUACUCCACGCCAAUCAGAUACACCAUCCAGCACCCAACGGAUCGCACAAAUCUAGCAAGGGAUCCGAUUUGCGACUGUUUAAGUGUCUGACCUGCGGGAAGGAUUUCAAACAAAAAAGCACGCUCCUGCAGCACGAGCGCAUUCACACCGAUUCACGCCCUUACGGUUGUCCGGCCGUCGAUUGCGGCAAACGAUUCCGGCAGCAGUCCCAUCUGACGCAACAUUUGCGCAUCCACGCCAACGAGAAGCCCUUCGUUUGUCCGUUUUGCCAGCGGGCAUUCCGGCAGCGGGCCAUCCUCAACCAGCACAUCCGAAUCCACUCAGGUGAUAAGCCAUUCGGGUGUCCGUAUCCGGAAUGUGGCAAAAAAUUCCGACAAAAGGCCAUUUUGAAUCAGCACGUGCGCACCCAUCAAGAUGUGUCUCCCCAUUUGAUCUUCAAGAACGGUCCACAUGCCACGCUGUGGCCCCAGGAUGUACCUUACCCACCGGAACAGGAAGGUCAACCGAAGGACGAGCAAACCUUUGGCGACGAGGCAUCGCAGGGAACCGGCGAGUCCCGGGCAUGUUUCUCUCCGGACGGAACUCCGCAGUACCCUUCGUAUUUCAAAGAUACCAAGGGUGUUAAUCAUUCGAUAUUCGGCAACAAUUUGCCGUACCUCAAUAAGGUGGCCGGUGGAAAGGCAAUGAUGCCGGACGUAAUCCAGCACGGUCGCUCGGCUGGAAUGCCGCUGUACGUACGAUGCCCGAUCUGCCAGAAAGAGUUCAAACAGAAGAGCACCUUGCUGCAGCAUGGCUGUAUCCACAUAGAAUCGCGUCCCUACCCGUGUCCCGAUUGUGGUAAACGGUUCAGACAGCAAUCGCAUUUGACUCAGCAUCUUCGUAUACACACCAACGAAAAGCCCUUCGGAUGCCCGUACUGUCCCCGAUUCUUCCGCCAGAGAACGAUUCUCAAUCAGCAUAUACGCAUCCACACCGGAGAAAAGCCGUACAAAUGUGCCCAGUGCGGCAAGGACUUCCGCCAGAAGGCAAUUCUGGAUCAGCACACCAGAACGCACCAGGUAGGCGAUCGUCCUUUCUGCUGUCCGAUGCCGAAUUGCCGAAGAAGAUUCGCAACGGAACAGGAUGUGAAGAAACAUAUCGAUAAUCAUAUGAGUCCUCACUCGUCGAAAGCACGCAAAUCGGCUGCAGCUAACAACAAAAAUAGCAACAACAGCAAUAAUAAUAAUAACAACAACAAUAACAACAACAACAAUAAUAAUAACAAUAACAACAACACGGUCCUUGAUCAAAAAGUGUCGCCAGGAUUGCUGAUGGACAAGCAAAAUCAUCUUAUUCCACGCAUAGGCACGCCAGUAAAGCACGAGCUCUAUUUUCCCCAAUGUUAUGGUGCUCCGUUUAAUCAACAACCAUUCGUCGGGGGCGAUACAGCGACGAUCUCUCCGGUCGUUACGAGUGCUGGCGGUGGUGGAAUGAACGGGUCCAGCAAUACCCGAACUUCAUCUUCAGCAUCAGGGACCGGGUCAGUCCAAAACGGCCAACUUCAACCGACUCCGAUCGCUCCGGUUCCUGCCGUUAUAGCGACUCCCGCACCCCAGGCCAUUGUCGCUCAGUGACACCCGAUGGAAGGAGGAGCCCAGGCAUCACUUCCGGUUCACGGCAGCGAUGUUGCGACAACCACUAGCGCCACCAAUGUCGGGCCACCAGCCCUCAUAGCCAUCCAUCAGCAGUGAAUGACCAUUUUUUGCUCAACAAAUGUGCCACAUUGAUGGCACGGAAACGGUCCGAUUCAAUUUAAAAAAAUCCACGGUUUCUUCGAAAUAUGAAGCAUGAUAAAAAAGAUUUUGAAAUCCUACUUGCGCAACUUUGUUUUGAUGCAAUCUUGUCAGUCUCUCUUCUGAGAAAAAUGAAAAUCUGUUGGCCAAUGAAAGAACUAUUUAAAAGAACACUGCGAAUAGAAUGAUUGCCUCGAAAAUUAGACAGAAAGACAGGUGAAUGAGUUUGUGCAAGAAGACUGCAAAGAUAAAUGCAAACAGAACUAGCGUUAUCACACUUCCAGAAGAGAGCACUGGAAAAUUUGCUGAGCAAAGUUUGAAUUCCGACAGUAAAAAUAUGAAACAAAAAAGAUGGAGAGGAACCACCAAAAUUAUAAAUAAAAAGUAAGAAGCACGUCACCCGAAGAAUGUGCAUGGCAUAUUUUUGUGUGUUUUAACAUAUGAUAAAUACAGCAUAUAAAUUUGAACUACAAUUCUAGAGAAUAGUUUGAAACUAUGACAAGACGCAGACGUUACCAGUAAAAUUAUGCCAAAUUCGGUCUAUUAGCGAGCAGCACUUAAUAAAUUAAGUGACAGAAAUUGUUCUCACGAAAACAAAUAUUAUUCAUAACUACGGAAGAAGAUACACAUGAACAUUCUCCACGCAUAGAAGAGAGAGUGCUCACACAGACACUUGAUAGCAUUUAAGAAACAAGAGUGCCUAGCUGUUGUACAUCAAAAAUUUUCCAUGCGUUUCCGUUCUGCAUUUGCAUUGUGCACGGGAAUAAAAACUCCGCUUCCGAUAGGACUGGCCAAGGGAAGAACUAAUAGACGUCGCAGAAGGAACAAAUACCUCCACAAUUCAUACAAAAUACGUGCAAACAAAUGACUGUAAGAAACCACGUGCAGAAAGAAUAAAAAACAAAACAAAAAUAGGUAUAUAACUUCCACAAUAACAAACAGAUGGUGCUAUUUUUAUUCAAACUUUUUUAACAGUGGAAAACUUUAUUAAGUGAUUAACAAAUACACAAAUAGUUAAUUCAUUAUUACAAGGAUCGUCGCCGGACGAAUGCAAUAGCUACAAACAGAUGCAAACAAUAAACAAAUGAAACAAUAGGAUAAUUAUUUUCUACAAGCACAACACAACAGAAAACAAUAGUUGAACGAAUCCAUUUAAAGUCGCGCUAUAGAACAAUAUCAAAUAAAACCGUUUAAUUGUUAUAUUUGUAUUGUCAUUGCAACAGCACAACAAUAGAGCCAAUAAGUACACACAAAACCCCAAACAGAAACUAUAGUUGAAUCUGACAAGUGAAUUGAACUACAAUCAAGUGUUUAUCGAGAUUUUUGUUCGCAAUUCAAUGAAUCCAUAUACACAAGUAAGCGAUAGUGAAAGUUACAACCGGAAUUAUAUUUUAACUGGAUGUUUUUGUUUUUAGAUCAUGCGUUUUAAAGCUCCUCUCACGGCAUAUUGAACAAUGAGAAUGCAACUUUCCUUAACAUAUCGUUUCCCCUUAUAAUUGAUUCGAGAAUACAGGAUUGAUACUCGCAGUAAUAGUAUGACUAAAUCUUUCUACUACAUUACAAAAUGGCAGAAAGAACACAACUCAAUGCUUGGCAUUGUUUUUCAAAUAUCUCAAAACGAUUUAUUUACAGAUAAUAGUCACAACUGCAACAGAAACUACAAUUGAUGUUAUAUGUACCAGAAAAUGGAAUAGUUUUUUUUUCUAAUGUGUAAACAAAACACAUGUGCACAUUCACAGUAAAAAAAAACAGGAAAACUCAUACAUAAAACAUACACACAUACAAACAAUCAAAUAACAAAAAAAAAUGAAAACGUCAAAUUACAAUAGACGAAGUGGAGUUUUGUUCCGAAUGCGUGCGUAAACAAUGAAUUAAAUUAAUGAUACAAUAUAAAUACAGUCAAACACACACUCACAGAAAAAGAAAACUGGCAUCAAUGAAAAAAUAUAUAUUUACGAGCACGUAAAUUAAGAGGAAAAAUAAUGGUGAAAAAGGAAAAAUUAUACAGUUUGGUAAAACUUAUCGCUAGGUUUAAGUAGACUUUCGGUCGACCAGUACUGAAAGAACAUUAUGCUACCACACAGAGCAAGAGCUGAACUGAAAACUUUACGUAGUAGUUGGUAAUGCGAUGAGAUAAGAGAUACAAUUUACAAACUAAUACUAUUAUAGACCUUUUCAUACAAUAGAUUAUUCACGAACAGAUUACUAUACUUUUUUUAAUAUAUUUUAGGUCCAGCUAGAUAUGUUUCAAAAACAGUUUGAAAAAAAUAAAUAUUAUUUUUAAUAUUAUGAAAUUAUUUAUCGACUAUAUCGGUGAAUUUUUAUAUUUUUCGAGAAAGAAUAUUUAAGAACUGAAAGAUUAUAGACGGAAGAAGAUUAGAAUAAGGUGAAAGAUGAUGAAAAUGAGUGGAAGGGUAAUUUUGUUUUGAAAAUUUUUUCAUCACAUUACAUCUCUUUGUUCCUCAGAGCAAGUUCACUGGUGUUGGAAAAAAGUGGUAGAAAUUUUGUCAUUUUUUGCUCAUUUUGAAAAUUUUUCCAUGAAAAAACAUUUUCAAGAUCUGUGGCCUUCAAGUUUUUUAACAACACGUGUUGCAGUUUCGCAUGCUAUGAUGCAAAAAUACCAAUAUUUCUAUCACAUACGGCUGAAAUAGAAACAGUGUUGUAAAGAAAUACAACGCCCAAGGAUCUCGAAAACAUUUUUGCAUGGUAAAAUUUUCAAAAUGUCAAAACUUCUACCACUUUUUCCCAACACCAGUGAACUUGCUCUAACGGGUCUUCUAUUUUGCAGUGGUAGGUACAGAUAGAAUUGUAGCUACCACCACACAACUUAGUAGGCCAUGCGUGGUUCGCAUGCAAAGUAUUUCAAAUUAAAAUUACCCUUCCGCUCAUUUUCAACAUCUUCACCUUAUUCUAAUCUUCUAUCCGUCUAUAUUCUUUCAAUUCUUAAAUAUUAUUUUUAAAAUAAUACAAAAUUUCACCGAUAUAGCGGAUACAAUUAUUUCAUAAAAUAAAUUCACGAUGAUAAACUCCUCAUUUCAAAAUAUUAUAUUUUUUUUAAUUUGGGGAAUUUAUUAAAGGUGUACUCUAUGAAAUAUACGAUUUCGUCAAAGUUAAAGGAUUUCGAAUAGAUUUUAAGUAAAAAAUCAAUCAUCGCAUUGCUGACUACAAAACGAUCGAACAAAGUUUCCAUAAAAUAUUUUAACUGGAGUCUGAUAACAUUUAUGCAUUUUGUGUUUAGUUUGUAUUCAGUUUGUUGGAAUCUGAAAUUUUAAUCGCAAAUUUUGUCAAAAAUUCAACAAUAACAAAAAAAUAUAACGCAUAACACUACAAGCAGAAUCCAUAAAAGACUACCAGACAGGACUCGUGAUAUCUUUAACUUUUAGGCCAAUUUUAACUCUUAUCGAAUCUAUUGGAAUAAAUGGCACGGAACGAGUUGAUGACUUCAGUUUCGGUUUAGUUAACGAAUAAAAAUUUAAACUUAUCAGUUAAGUCAAAUACUAACGUAGGAAAAUUACUCGUGGAGUCAAAAGCGAAACUAAAUCUGUGAUACGCAAGAAAAGAAAAGCUCUAAAUUGAUGACUUAUUUUCAUAUUUCGGAGUGUAACACUUUUGGCAAUUAGCUAUUGAUUUUUUUUUCUGUUAAAGUUUAUAUAAACAACCUGUUUAGGACAAAUUUUAUGCUCGAAGACCAAAAAUGUAUCGCGAGUCAAAAUAUUAAAAGUAAAAAUACAACGUUUCGAAAACUGAUCGAGAAAUGAAAUUAUUUAGGCAAUGUUUAGGCGUUUAUCUAUGGAAUAUUUAGUUUGUAAAAAAAAAUACUCCCAAGUCUUUGUCAGUACGCACUAUAACGACCUGUGCCAUAAGGUUUUUUUAUUAUUAUUUAUAUUUGUUUUAUUCAUAUGUUUUAUUAGUUUUUUAAGUUUCUUCCAACGGCAGAGCAGAAGCGACUAUAAAUACAGUUUAAUUUAAAUAAAGCCAAUAAUAAUUUUAAAUAUAAGCAUAAUGUACUGUUAGAAAAUACAUUUUUUUUAAUCUAAGCAAUAAAUCUGUAUACCAUCAAAGAAGAGAAACUGAACGAUAAGAGUAGAUUAGUAUGGCAAACAGUUUAUACUAUAAAUGAGAAUAAAUUUAUUUGUUUUUCUUUAGGUUUUUGUUUUUUAUUGUUUUUAUUUAUCAAAAUAUUUUCAUCAAUCUCAAUAAACCCCAAACCAAAUAGUUAAAAACAAAAUUAAUUAAAAAUAAUGUUCUACUAGGGUAACAAAUGUGUUCUGGAACUGCUGCACUCAAAAUUCAGGCUUCACUCCAAUCAUGAGUUCUCAAUAUUUCGACGCCAUUGGCAUUUGUGACCGCCGGCAAUAACCUUCCAGCGCAACCGCAUUGCAUAUGACAGAAGGAAACAAAAUGAAAACAUUUUCAUGUCCCUCCCUAUCCCAUCACAACAUAAAGAAGAAGAAUGGACUUCUGUCGCUGCGAAUACGAUUUGCAUUGUGUAUGGCGCUGCUUGAAUGAGCGCGCAGUCGGUUUGAGUAAAAUCGGUCGACAUCAAAUUGUUUGUGCAGACAACCCUCUGUGGCAUGGUGUAUGGUGCUUCCUGUACAAAUUUCUGACCAUUUUCUCAGCCCCAACCGUCUCGUGGAGGUGGUUUUUUUUUUGUUUUAAUUGCUGAUUUCGACAGCAAUCGUUUGUGUUCGCGCGAAAUUUGUUUCUAUCAUAUGUGGGCGAGCAUAGAAUCAAACAGUCGUCGUGGAGUCAUCGAAUUUGGACACGCCAUUCUUGUAAUGUAUGGCGGUCUUAAAACAUAACCGGCAAACCCUUGGCCACACCCCAAGCAACCAAAAGUCACAUAUUUACUUGAAUGAAGGCUUUGAAAGUUACAUAUUGGCUGACAACGAGAAUCAACUGCACAAUUCCCUUGAGCGAACUUUAUGUAAUCAUUAAUGAACUUGAAAGUUGCAAAAGUGAUUAAUAUGUACGUUGUAUGUGACUUAUUUUGACCAAUUUUCAUUAGUGAACUUUAUCUACUCAUUAAUGAACUUGAAAGCUGCUAAAGAGACUUAAGUCACAUAAAGGGCACAAAAGUGUUCUAAACGGGAUUUACUAUGUAUGUAUGUAUGGUAGCCACCUUGGGUGCACGGUUGUACCGCAGUUGUGGCUAAGGCUUCAUCAACAAGUCACCAGUCAGUAAGUUACCAUAUAUCCAGUUAAUAACAGCUGGAUGAGACGUUCAAGGGAAUGGAUUUGUAAGUAGAGUAACUUACGAUAUCCGACAGGGUUAGGAUCGACUGGUCUCGAGAUGUUAUUGCCGCAUAUACAACUAACUCACUAUGCAAGUCUCUGUAGUCCCCGCCCCCAAGAUUUGUUUUUAGAAGAGCGCGUCAAACAGCAGGAGAACUUAAUACGAGUAGUACUGUCACAAAGUGUUCUAAACGGGAUUUCUAAGUCACAAAAAGUGCAUUGAGGUGCUUUCUUCCUGGUUCUUCUGCCUGAUAGGGCGGGUGCGCCUGCAGGUAUGCUAUAAAAUCAUAUCACCACUUCGAGUUUUAGUUUCAGUUAGAACAACAUCUAGGCGUGGUCUUGUGGUAGCGUGUUUGAAUCUCACCACGAAGGUCGGAUCGAACGAUCCCCAGGCCGGGCAAGUUUUUUUUUUCAAUAAGUACUUUGGUACUUGAGUUACCAUUCUUAUGCGAUAUAUGUAGGAAAGAAGCAAUUGAGCAAUUUCUCGAUUUUGGAAUCCGGCGCGUGGCUUCACGGCGGCACAAUGAACAGAACAUAGUAAAUAAUCAAGAGAAGGUGAUAUGAACCCAUGCCAAGGGUGCAGUUGAGAUAGAGAGAGAUUUUUUGCGAAUUUUACGAUUUUUUGGAAACUGUAUUAAAAAGCCGCUGGAAGCUGCAUAGAAGAUCAUUAGGACUUGUUUUGAAAUUUGAAAGUAUCAAUAAGAACUUAAAUUUUGAGCUGCAUAGAACGAACUUCAUAUCAACGAUGGGGCUGAGUAAGCAUUUUUGUACUUGUUUUGUGGGACUUUUGGUUGCUUGGAAUAUCAAUGAUGGGAAUUAGUAAGCUUUUUUGUAAGGGGUAUCAGCGAUGAAAUUACCUCAGUUAAAAUUGAUUCGCAAAAUUCGAGUUUUCAUCCGAUUGCCAUCAAAUUUUCAGGGAUUAAAGAAUAACUAUAAAACUUAAUUUUACCAUUUUACUCGUAUUUUAUUUACAGUCCAUACGCAAAUGCCCGCACCUUGACAUUAACCCCGGCCAUAAGAUUCUGCACAACCUGUGAAUCAACCGUUUUUUGCAUGUAAACCCAUACUUUCUGCAGUUCCUAGACUGCCUUCACUACCUUAGGUCGUUUUAGAAGGUGCUGCUUCAUAAUCGCCCAGUACUUCUCGAUGGGUCGGAGCUCCGGAUUGUUGGGAGGGUUGAAGAUUUUCGGCACUAAAUUGACCUUAUUGUCCGCAUGCCACUUCAGCACGUCCUUUGAGUAGUGGCAUGAGGCCAAAUCUGGCCAGAAGAUUGUUGGGACAUUGUGGGCCUUCAGGAGAGGAAGCAGCCGCUUUUGGAAGCACUCUUUAAUGUACACCUGUCCAUUCAUUGUGUCCUGGGUCACGAAAGGUGCACUCCGCUUCCCGCACGUACAGAUGGCUUGUAAAACCAGGAAUUUAUUCACAAAUUUAGACAUCUUCUGAGUGCGGACAUGCUCCGGAACGCUGAACUUAUCCUUGGCCUUGAAAAACAGGUUGCCGGGGAUCUGUUUGAAGUCGGCCUUUACAUAUGUUUCGUAGUCCAUGAUGCAGCAUUCAACUUUCGUCAUGUGAGGCAUGUUGAGGUACAACCUCCUGGCAUGGGUUUUGGCGGACUUGUUCUGCUUCUCGUCGCGAUCUUGUAUCUUCAACGUUUGAAGCCCAGCCUUAGUUUUGGCCUUCUGGACAAAACUUCGGCUUAGGUGCAGCUAUUUAGCCACAUCCCGAACGGAAGCGUUCGGGUUUCGGUUGAAGGCCCCAACUACGCGGUUGUCAUUUUUGGUGUUGUACGGAAUACUUUACCUUUACUUCUGGGCUUCCGAUCGGUGGUCAAUCGUUCCUCGAACCACUUAAUCAUUCGUGUCACCGUGGAAUUCACCAUUCCCAACGUUUUAGCGAUGGAACAAUGCGAGAGAUCCUUGUUCUCGUGAGGCAUGCCCAACAUUUUAUCACGCACGAGCCUAUUUUUAUCACAGAACUUUAAAACUUGUAGGAUGUAAACAAUGCACUAUGAACCAAAUUCACCCAAAUUCUACCCAACGGCUAAAAAGUUAGAGCAAUUUCAUAGUGUGGCAAUUUUUAUCGUGGACACUAGACUGAGUCGAUUUGGGGUCAUUUUGGAAUUUCUCAAACCCUGGGGUCUAAAAAGCUUCGUAUUGGUCCAAAACUCAUCCAUGAUUUUUUGCAAAAUUUUUAAGUAACGUUUACAUGAGUAAAUUUAAACUUUUGGGUUUGUAUGGGAAAAUUGAAUAUUUUGUACUGAAAAAUCAACAUCACUUUUGCUUCGUCUGUGGAACCGAGCAAGCUUAUGGUUUUUAUGCCAAUUUAUAAAAUUCCUAAAGGAAAUUUUCCGCUGAACAACUUUGUCGAAGACCGUAACUUCGUAUCUUAUUAGGAAAAAAAGUUAUUAGCUGUUUAACAGGGGUAUGUCUUUUCGCAUUGAUUAACAAUAAAUUCAAUUGACAUCACUGCUUGAGCCUCGUGAAGUGUUCCAUUGAAAGUAGUCACGCAAUACCUCGCUAGGCCCUCUGCAGGGAUGUCAAUUAAAUUUAUUAUUUACCAGUGCGAAAAGACAUACCCCUGUUAAACAGCUAAUAACUUUUUUUCCUAAUAAGAUACGAAGUUACGGUCUUCGACAAAGUUGUUCAGCGGAAAAUUUCCUUUAGGAAUUAUAUAAAUUGGCACAAAAACCAUAAGCUGGCUCGGUUCCACAGACGAAACAAAAGUGAUGUUGAAUUUCCAGUACAAAAUAUUCAAUUUUCCCAUACAAACCUAAAAGUUCAAAUUUACUCAUGUAAACGUUACUUAGAAGUUUUGCAUAAAAUCAUGGAUGAGUUUUAGACCGAUUCAAAGCUUUUUAGGCCCCAGGGUUUGGGAAAUUCCAAAAUUACCUCUAAUCGACUCAGUCUAGUGGACACCAUUUACCUGUUUUAUGGGACUUUUGGUUGCUUGAGACGCCAGAAACUGUGCGUUUUUCCAAUUAGCCGAGCAGAAUGACUAUGACAAUUAACCCUGGUUCUCCAUCUGCCUCAGGUGGUACACUGGUUCAACUGUCGGAUGGGCAAGUUGAAGGCCGAUGGCUCUAGGCUCGUUUGAGACAAAUUGAGUCAUUUCGCUAACCGGGAUAAUGCGACAAAAGCCGAAACUCUUGGUGCGCAUGUAGAAUUUAACAAAUUUCUUUUUGCGUGGAGACCACUCUUUGACAACUGAACAGCGUGGGCCGAAAACAAAGCAGGCAUAUCUACAAAUCUGUGCCACCAAAAUAGAGAUUUCCAUUUUUUUUCUGUAAGCACUUUUUUGAUCGUUUGAGAUAUUCCAAGAUUGGCCAAAGAAAAAUAGGAACAAAUUGCAGUUUUCCGACCUUGAAAGAAAAUAUUCCCGUAAAUCGAUUUAUAAAAUGAAUAUCUGUUUACCUUUUGUUACUACGAAUAUUGUUAUUCCCAAUUUUAAUUUAUUUUAUUUUAUUGUAUUUUAUUUUGAGACUUCAAGUAAUUCAAUAGUGGUAAGUUGGUAGAACUCGGUUCAGUAGUUCCUUAGGUAUAAAAGGUGCAAGAUCUAGCGUUCUCACUUUUUCUCCCGGCUAGUGUAACUAAAUAAUUUGAAUGAUUUUUAUCAAUUUCAUACUUAACAUUCUUUCAAACAAUUCACAAUGCGGAUAUGUUGCUUGGAUGGAACGAAUGAGAGCAGUGCGAAACAAUUUGAUACUCAGAUUAAAUAAAUCGGGAGCGCAUAUUGGCGUUAAACAGAAAUAAAUGGAACUAUAUUGGACAAAACUGCUCGAUUUCUCUUUAGAUAUAACACAAAUAUAAUACAGGGCAAAAUCAAACGAAUUUUAGUUUUAUUUGCUUUGAUUUGUAAAUUUGAACUUUAAACAACAUAAAACAGCGUUAGCGCGCAGGAUAAUGAGCAGAGAAUAUGAAAUGUACAAGGUACAGAAUAUUAUUGUUGUAUGUUUCAAACAAUCUAUGGAAACUGAGCAAGAUACAUGAGAUAUACACACUCAUACCCGAUAACAAAAAAAAAAUAAAUCAUCAAAAACCAAGUACAUAAUGCAAAAAGUAUACUUGCAAUGAAACAAAAUACGAUUCCGAAAACGUGAGCAGAGUUGAAGAAAACAGAAGGAUUAACCAAGUUAUUGAAGGAUUUUAUUUUCUCUUACAACAGGACGCUUCUUAUCUCUUGUUAAACAACCAAAUGACACUAAGAAAUAGUUAAACAUAAAAAUAAAACAGGAUUUGUUUAUUGCAUGAUAAACAAUGCAACAAGGAUUGAUUUACGAUAGAAUCAACCGACAACCAAAGUGAGCAACCAGGUAAGGUUUAUGGUUGAGUUCAAGCAUUAAUUGCGGGUUUAAUUUUACUUUAUAUUAUAUAUUUUUCUUUGUUUGUAUUCUUGUUAUUUUAUAAUUGACAUCAGUUGAGAUUUUAUGAUUGCAAUCAGAACAGCAAUACCCGAAUGGGCGGAGCGAGUUCGAGCAGAAUUGAGAAUACAUAUUCGAAUAUUGAUUAAACUUCAUUUUGUUCUAAAUCUUUCCGACCGAAUUUCAAAUUCAUUAAUUCAGAUUGGACAAAAUUUAGAAUUGAAGUCUGAAAGAUAUCGGAACUUUUGGCACGUUUGUUCCUCGAUAAACAGCUCGGCUUAUGGGACUAAAAGGAUUCUUUAGGUACUCACCCAUGUAUUCGAAGAAAAAACACUAAGAAAUAACGAAAGAUUCGAUGACGAUAUACGCUCCUGAUUGGUAUCCGGACGAUGAUCAUACUUUUCUUCGUUUGACUUCCUGACAACUGAACGAUUAAUAUAUUUACGAAAAAAAUGUCCGUUCUUUCGAAAUCCCAGAUCGACUUUUUCAUGGUUAAACAGUUCUUUCCAACCAGUGCCUGCUGUGUUUUCAUACGAAAAUAAAAGCACUGUUGUGUAUUUAUGUAAUUCUGGGUAUCUUCUUUUAUUUGAAAGUACUGUUUUAGAUUCGAAGUCUCGAUUAGUUUUUCACUUCGAAGAUGCAUGAAUGAAACAUUUCAUAUACAUAACAGGUAAAACUGUUGUUUUACUUUCUUAUAAUUUAAUCUGGUUGCUCAUUCAAUCACACAGUGCCACAAGUUAUAAUUAGAUACCAUAAAGCUAGCUCAAACACUACCUACAGUUGAUUAAAUCGGUGUUUGAAAAUAAAAACAUUCAUCGAUUCCAUCAACUGUUUGUAAUCCAUAUUUACAAACAGAGAUGAUAACGAGAUAGACCAUAAACAAACAAAAUCAAUAGUUUUCAUAAAUUGAAACAACAGUUAUGUUAAAGAUUCACAAUUUCAGUUCAGACUAACGCAAAUCCAAGAUAAGUUACAGGUUUCAAUUUCAUCUUCAAAAGUUUCACAUUAAAAAUAACCACAGGAAAAAAUCAACUCAAAACAAUGUCACGUAAAUUACAAUCAGAAGAAGAAAAAAGCAAACAAACUUGUACAUUUCAGGCCAAAAAUGAAUGUCCGGGCUCAUUGACGAUUUUGGGCAUACUUUUGGCACAUGCAGUGUAAAAAUCCCAUAUGAAUAUAAUCCUCAAAUCUAAAGUAAAACACUACUACAAUGAGAGAACAUGAUUUAAAAAAAAAUCGCAAAACGAAGUCAUUCAGAUGUAUUUCCAUUUAAACAUACUCAAGCGAAAAACAGUGAAACAAUGUAAUUUUAAUCCCAUUUUAAAAGAGAGAGAAAAAAUACAAAAAAAAAUCAAUUACAGUUAAGUGAGAAAGAAUUAAAAAAACCACCCUGAUAACAUUUGACUAAGAUCAGUGAAUUAAUAAAAACAAA